AUGUCUUCUACUUUACGCGUCGGAAUCCUCACAAUUAGCGACACCGCAUUCCAAGACCCUGCCGCAGAUACUAGCGGACCCUCUCUUUGCCGCCUGGUCGAAGCUGAGCCUCGAUACACAGUUGAGGUCACCGCCUGCAUUCCUGACGACCACAAGGUCAUCCAAAAGACUGUUACCGCCUGGUGCGACGACCUCGAUCUGCACCUGGUUCUCACGACUGGUGGGACUGGAUUUGGAGUCCGGGACUGUACCCCAGAGGCGGUGUUGCCCCUCUUGGACAGACAGACGCCUGGAAUCUCUCACUUAAUCUUUGCUAAGUCCAUCCAGAUCACACCAUUUGCAGCCCUCAGCAGAGCAGUUUCAGGAAUUCGAGGUCAGACUCUAGUAUUGACAUUCCCUGGAAGCCCCAAGGCUGUCAAGGAGAACUUUGAAGCUGUUGCGAAGUUGCUUCCACAUGCAAUUGAUCUGGCAAGAGGUGGCACUGGCAAGAAGACACACGAAAAGAUGCAGGGUGGUCCAAGACCCUCUGGAGUCGCGCCUACCGCCACUGAAGAGAAGGGUCAGACAGAGUCGUCGCAUAGCCAUGGACAUGGGCAUGGUCGCGGACACGGACACGGACAUGGAGGACACACAUGCUUCCACCACAGCGAUAGAGAAGCAAAAACCGAUGCCGCAUCACUCGGUCUUGGAACACCUGUGUCGAGGAGGCUGCGCAAGUCGCCAUACCCAUUGAUCCCCAUGGAGCAGGCCUUGUCAUCCGUAAUGGACCGCGUCGUUCCUCUGUCCUCUGUACAGAAACCAGUUGACGGAUCACUGAUUGGCGCAGUUUUGGAUGAGGAUGUGGUCGCGGUCGAGGCUGUUCCGGGAUACCGCGCUUCGAUCCUAGAUGGCUAUGCUGUUAUUGACACGGAUGGUCCAGGGCAGUACCCUGUUACUGCUGUGUCGAUCGCAGCAGCGUCAUCGGACGGAUCGGCGACGACGCUACUUCCAGGACAGAUCGCGAGAAUUACGACGGGAGGUGCCUUGCCUGAAGGAGCAACUGCUGUUGUCAUGGUCGAGGAUACGUUGCUUGUCAAGUCCUCAGAGGAUGGCACACAUGAGGAGACUGUCGAGAUCCUCGCCAAAGUCCGCAAGGGAGAGGCCAUUCGGGAAAUUGGAUCCGAUAUUCAGGUUGGUCAAACUGUGCUCAAGAAGGGACAAGUCAUCUCCGCAGUUGGUGGCGAAAUCGGCGUUUUGGCCUCGAUUGGAGUCCAAAAGGUACUCGUUCGCCAGCGCCCUGUGGUUGGAUUUUUGUCGACAGGGAAUGAAGUGGUUAACCACGACAAUGGAGAGGAGUUGAAGAUGGGACAGAUCCGUGACAGCAACCGACCAACACUUAUUGCCGCAACCAAGGCUGCAGGGUUCGACUUUCUCGACUUGGGCAUUGCCCCUGACAGCCCAGAGGAUCUCGAGGCGGCCAUAAAGGGCGGAUUGGCGAAAUGCGAUAUUGUAGUGACGACAGGAGGAGUGUCGAUGGGUGAGAUGGAUCUCCUAAAACCUAUUCUUGAACAAAAACUCGGAGCUACGAUCCACUUCGGCCGUAUCAUGAUGAAACCAGGUAAACCUACUACAUUCGCAACGGUCCCCAACCCCAACGGGGGACAGCCUAGGCUGCUGUUUGCUUUGCCUGGUAACCCAGUCUCGGCCACCGUCACCUUCCAUCUCUUUGUCUUGCCCGCACUUCGCAAGUUGGCAGGCUAUGAGAAGUACAUGUGGCCCAGUGUCCAAGCGGCGGUCGCACACGAUGUUCGGUUGGAUGAGCGACCAGAGUACCAGCGAGCAGUCGUCUCGGUGACACCGGAAGGCACCAUCAAAGUCCAGUCGACCGAUAAGAACCAAAUGAGUAGCCGAAUGGUGAGCAUGCUCGGCGCAAACAGCCUUAUGGUCCUCCCUGGACGGACGGCCGAACGGGACUCUGUCUCGAUGGGCCAGAAGAUAGAGUGUCUUUUGAUUAGCAACCUUGGCUAA